GGAGCGCAGAGAGAGAGAGAGAGAGAGAGAGAGAGAGAGAGAGAGAGAGAGAGAGCUGAACCCAUCAGCUGAGCGUCUCGCCACAGAUGAGCCACCACGGCCACGGCCGCAGACCCGGCUCAGUGCUGGGCUCUCGGAGCUAGGGGCGCCGCUCCGCGCUUCUCCUCCGUACACUCUUUUUAUUUGAUUUGUUUUAAAGUCAUCAUUUUUGUUUCCAUCAUGGUGCUGGGGAAAGUGCGGGCCUUGGCGGUCUACUUUGACAGUCUGAAUGAGAACAACCUGCCGGCGUUCUCCGGAGGGAACCUGGUGUCCGGGAGGGUGGUGGUAGAUGUGACCGGGGAUGUGCGCGUAAAGAGCCUGGACGUCACCGCGAGAGGAGUCGCCAAGGUGCGCUGGACCGAGUCGAGGAACGCCGGAGCGAACACGGCUUACACUCAGAACUACACGGAGGAGGUGGAGUACCUGCACCACUACGACACGCUGAUAGGAGAGGAGAGAGACGAGGACUGUCCAGAAGAAGGUCUGACCGUCCUGCACCCCGGUCUGCACGAGUUCGCCUUCAGCUUCAACCUGCCGCAGAUGGCUCUGGCCACGUCCUUCGAGGGGAAGCACGGCAGCGUGAGGUACUGGGUGAAGGCUGAACUGCACCGUCCGUGGCUGCUCCCGGUCAGAGUGAAGAAAGAGUUCAUUGUGUUCGAGCACAUCGACAUCAACACGCCGCUGCUGCUGGCUCCUCAGGCCGGUACCAAGGAGAAAACAUUGUGCUGCUGGUUCUGUGCUUCCGGCCCGAUCUCCCUCAGCGCCAAGAUCGAAAGAAAGGGCUACACACCAGGCGAGUCCAUCCAGAUCUUUGCCGAGGUGGAGAACUGUUCCUCCAGGGUGGUGGUGCCCAAAGCCGCUCUGUACCAGACUCAGACCUUCUUCGCUAAGGGGAAGGGCAAGCAGAUCCAGCAGCUGGUGUCCAACCUGAGAGGAGACCCCCUGCUGCAGGGGAAGAGCCAGAGCUGGGAGGGCAAGCUGCUCAAGAUCCCCCCGGUGUCGCCCUCCAUCCUGGACUGUCCCAUCAUCAGGGUGGAGUACGCCCUCGUGGUGUAUGUGGACGUUCCCGGAGGGUUGAACUUGUCUCUGUCGUUGCCGUUGGUGAUCGGGACCAUCCCCCUGCACGCCGUCUCCUCCCGCACCUCCAGCAUCAGCAGCAACUGCAGCACGCUGAGCUGGCUGGGCCUGCAGGAGCGGCCUGAGGCGCCGCCGAGUUACGGCGAUCUGGCGAUAUCAGAGUCAGAAAGGCGGGACUGUCUGCAGGGCUGUGAUAGGUCGGAUAGGGAGGGAGAGGACCCGGGAUCUCUGCUUACAUACAUCACAGAGUUCAGAUAUCUCCCCCCGCCACUCUACUCUGAGGUCGACCCCUUCCCUGACCCCUUGGAGGUGUGCGAGGCCGCUGACGUCAGGAGGCCUGACACGUGUCCGUCCCGCUGAGGAGAGCCGGAGAGCCCAGAGGGGCUCUGCCCGAACUCGACACCGUCACCCCCAGCGUCUCACCAGAUUAUAUCGCACCAUAAAUACGGCCGGACCCUCCCUCCCUGGCUGGGGGGGGAGUCAGCUGAGAGAGUAUUGGGUGACCGUUGACAUAUGGACCAGGGACUUUCGAGACAUGCUGGGUCCUCCAUAUCCUCUGCUCCACACCAGGUUCUCCCUGACACCACUCUGACUCUGAGGAGGCCCGAAAAACAAAAAUGGCUGCCGGUGGUCAGAAGACGCCUCCUCCUGCCUCACAGAGAAUUUUGCACAUACCGUUGUUACUGUUUUUCUAUGGGUGGGUUUUAUAUUCUGCAGAUUGCCGCAGGCCUAUAUGCUCCAGUAGAUUCUGUCCACAGAUGUUUUUUUUUUAAUUCUGAAGGCACAUGACGAAACGGGACAAAAAGCUGUUUCAGUAACAAGAUAGUUCAGGUGGAAACUGUAAAA